GAGGAACCGAGGCCCUGGGUUCGAGGAACCCAGGCCCUGGGUUCCUCCUUCGAACCCAGCACGCCUGGGUUCGAGGAACCGAGGCCCUGGGUUCCUCUUUCGAACCCAGCACGCCUGGGUUUGAAGGAACCCAGGCUUGGGUUCCUCCUUCGAACCCAGCACGCCUGGGUUCGAUGGAACCCAGGCGUGCGUGCUCUGUACUCUCUUAUCUCUCUCUCCGCCUCUGAUCGAUAUCUGUUGUUAAACAAUGAGAGAGAUCCUUCACAUUCAGGGUGGACAAUGUGGGAACCAGAUCGGUGCUAAGUUCUGGGAAGUGGUCUGUGAUGAGCACGGUAUUGAUCCAACAGGACGAUACAAUGGAAACUCUGAUCUGCAACUGGAGCGUGUGAAUGUCUAUUACAACGAGGCUUCGUGUGGGCGAUUUGUCCCGCGUGUUGUGCUCAUGGAUUUGCAACUGUGAUUUGUACCAGGUGCUGGUGCUGGGUUCCUUCGAACCCAGUAGGGAGGGGAAGGAGAAAAGGAAAGAGAAGGAGAAAAAAAAUAAAUUUUUAUUUAUUAA